CCAUUAUUCUUCAUCUUUUUGCCUCUCAUUUUUCACUUCACUUUAUUUUCUCUCUUCACAUUUCAAUCAAGAGAGAGAAAAGUAAUUUCAUUUCCAUCAUUCUCUCCACUCUCAAUUUCUCUCCUCUCCCUUUCUUUCUUAUCAUUUUUUCAAACAAAGAGUUCAUUUUUCAUCCCUUAGAUUUCUUGUAAUAACUUAGCUUCUGUUCAUUUUUUUACGCUUCUGUCCAAUUCUUCAUAAGCUAUGGGUCACGUCUUUUCAAUUCAAUGCGGUGAUGCCUUGAUCGGUCGUUGCUGGGAUUGCGUUGCUGGACAAGCUCUUUAUGUAUGUCAGCUUGAAGACAAUCUUCAAGAACUUGAGACUGCAAGAGAUAAAUUAAGAGAGCUGAGCAAUGAUGUGAUGCGGAGGGUCAACAGUGAGGAAACUCCACAAACAGUGCAGCUGGAUCGAGUUGGAGGAUGGCUUUCAAGGGUAGACGCUACCAUUACUGAAGUUAAUUCUCUCCUCAACAGAGCUACGCGAGAAAGACAGAAAUUGUGUCUCGCAGGCUGUUGCUCCAAGAACUGUAAGUCCACCUACAUGUUUGGGAAAAGCGUUUCCAGAAGCCUCAAACAUGUGGUUGGUUUGAUGAGCGAAGGAGAUUUUAAGGAAGUGGUUGAGAGGACACUUCCAGAACCAGUGGUAGUAGGAAAUGUUAAUCCAACAUUGGGCACUGAAACUACCUUAGACGAGGCAUGGAGCUACAUCACGGGAGAUGAGGUGAGAAUUGUUGGCAUAUACGGUAUGGGGGGAGUCGGUAAAACUACUCUUCUUACUAAAAUCAACAACAGAUUUGCCACUAUAUCUAAUAAUUUUGAUGUUGUGAUUUCGGCUGUGGUUUCUAAAGAUUUGAAACCUGAGAAGAUUCAAGAGCAGAUUUGGAAAAGAUUUGGCUUUUUGGAUAAGAAAUGGAAAAAGAAAAGCCUCCGUGAGAAAGCGGAAGACAUAUUUUAUGUACUGAGUAGAAAGAAAUUUGUAUUAUUAUUAGAUGACAUAUGGCGGCGAGUUGACCUUGAAGAGAUUGGGGUUCCUCUACCUACUAGACAAAACAGAUGCAAGAUAGUAUUCACAACACGCUCUUGCAGAGUAGGCGGGCAAAUGGAAGCUGAAAAGAUGAUAAAAGUAGAACCUUUGGCUUGGGAAGAAGCUUGGGCGUUGUUUCAGAAGAAGGUUGGGGAUAUUGAUUUUGAUAUUGUUCCUCUGGCUCAAGAUGUUGCUAAAGAGUGUAGUGGGUUGCCAAUCGCGCUCAUUACCAUUGGUAGAGCCAUGGCCAGUAAAAUUACAAAGGAAGAAUGGGAGCAUGCUCUUGAGGUACUUAGAAGCCCUGCCUCAAGCUUACUAGGCAUGGAGGAUGAGGUAAUUCCAGACAUGGAGGUUGAGGUAUUUGUAAGAUUGAAGUUUAGUUAUGACGGUUUGCUUAGUGAUAAAGUUAAAUUUUGUUUCUUAUAUUGUUCCUUAUUUCCGGAAGAGUUUGAAAUUGAGAAAGAUGACUUGGUACAUUAUUGGAUUUAUGAGAAUUUUUGUGCUCGCAAUGAGGCAUAUUCUAUAAUUGGCACUCUUGUUGGGGCAUGUUUAUUGGAAGAGAAAGGCCAACAUGUGAAAAUGCAUGAUGUGAUUCGUGAUAUGGCUCUGUUGAUAGCAUGUAAAUAUGAAAAAGAAAAACAUAAGUUUUUUGUGGAAGCGGGUGCCCAAUUAACUCGAGUACCAGAGGUUGGAAAAUGGGAAGUAUCAAAGCGGAUGUCCUUGAUGGCAAACUCCUUCGAGAGAAUCCAAGAAGUUCCUAGAUGUCCUGAUCUUUUGACUUUAUUUCUCAGCGAUAAUCGUAAUUUGAGUGGGAUCAGUGAUGGUUUCUUUCAGUUUAUGGUUGAAAAUGUUGGUAAAACUGAAAUAUUUGAACUUGGUGGGUAA